GGUGAGCCCGGCUGCCUCUGCCCUAGAGAGCUCCCUCCGCACCAAGGUCCUUCCGCACCUCGCUUUCCUUUUCCCUUGCCGUCUGUUUUCCAGGAGAACUGUAACUCCAGGCCCACAAUGGACGCCCUGAGACUGGCAAAUUCAGCUUUUGCAGUUGAUCUGUUCAAACAACUGUGUGAGAAGGAGCCAGCAGGCAAUGUCCUCUUUUCUCCCAUCUGUCUCUCCACCUCUCUGUCACUUGCUCAAGUAGGUGCCAAAGGUGACACAGCAAAUGAAAUUGGACAGGUCCUUCAUUUUGAGAAUGUCAAAGAUGUGCCCUUUGGAUUUCAAACCGUAACAUCGGAUGUAAACAAACUUAGUUCCUUUUACUCCCUGAAACUAAUCAAACGGCUCUAUGUGGACAAAUCUCUGAAUCCUUCUACGGAGUUCAUCAGCUCUACGAAGAGACCCUACGCACAGGAAAUGGAAACUGUUGACUUCAAAGAUAAAUUGGAAGAAACAAAAGUUCAGAUCAACAACUCAAUUAAGGAUCUCACGGAUGGCCGCUUUGAGAACAUUUUAACUGACAAUGGCGUAAGUGACCAGACCAAAAUCCUUGUGGUUAAUGCUGCCUACUUUGUUGGAAAAUGGAUGAAGAAAUUUCCUGAGUCAGAAACCAAAGAAUGCCCUUUCAGAGUCAACAAGACGGACACCAAACCAGUGCAAAUGAUGAGUAUGGAGGCCACUUUCUGUAUGGGUAACAUCGAUGGUAUCAAUUGUAAGAUCAUAGAGCUUCCCUUUCAGAAUAAGCACCUCAGCAUGCUCAUCCUGCUACCCAAGGAUGUGGAAGAUGAGUCCACGGGCCUGGAGAAGAUUGAAAAACAACUCGACUCAGAGACGCUCUUGCAGUGGACCAAUCCCAGCAUCAUGGCCAAUGCCAAAGUCAAACUCUCCAUUCCAAAAUUUAAGGUGGAAAAGAUGAUUGAUCCCAAGGCUAGUCUGGAAAAUCUAGGGCUGAAAAAUAUCUUUAACGAGAACACAUCUGAUUUCUCUGGAAUGUCAGAGACCAAGGGAGUGGCCCUCUCAAAUGUUAUUCACAGAGUGUGCUUAGAAAUAACUGAGGAUGGUGGGGAUUCCAUAGAGGUGCCAGGAUCACGAAUCCUACAACACAAGGAUGAAUUCAAUGCUGACCACCCAUUUAUUUACAUCAUCAGGCACAACAAAACUCGAAACAUCAUUUUCUUUGGCAAGUUCUGUUCUCCUUAAGUGGCAGAGCCCCGGUUAAGUCCCACCUGAUCUUUCUGUAACCUGGGCAUCCAGAGAAUCACUUUCUAAAAGAAUUAAUUGUUACUCUCGCUACAUCAGGAAGCAGCUGGUACUUGUCAUAAGUAGCCCUCACACUAAUAGGCCCUUCUUUUCCAGUCCUUUCUUUUGUUCCCUUUUCUGCCUCAUAAAAGACAAUGCUUUUAAUGAAAAGGAAUCACCUUAAAGGAAAAAUACGUAUUCAUUAUUUAUCAGACUAUCUAGGGUUAUUGGCAGGAAUCCAGUCUUCCACAAAGAAAAUUCCUGUAAGGAGGAUCUGGAGGAUUUUACUGUCAGAGCUUUGCCUUCCUUCACGGGGAUACAGAAUGUUCCAGAUAUUCUCACUUCCCUGAAAGACUACAGAAACUGUGGUGCCCGGGAUCUGCAAAACUUUCCUGGCUCCAGUGAGACUUGGGCACAUGUACAGGCACGUGUUCAGUCCACAGCUCCUUUUGCUAAAUGCUGCGGGACAAAUGUUUUCUUCAAACUCUGAUUUCUUGGGAUUUUAGAAAGAUAAUAUGUUGUGCAUGCUGUAUAUUGUGGCACUCCAUUAAUAGAGUCUGGACAGCACCCUAUAAACCAAUACCUUAAUAUUCCUGCCACAAAAUGUAGAAUAUUGACACAAAGCGAAUAAAUAAAGACUCUAAGUAGCCCAUAAGAGUCAGAUUUUGCUGCCAAAUGAGCGUGCCACCAGCUUAUGAAAAAACUUUGUUUUCAGAGCUUUUUGAACUUUUGGAACGUUGGAGAAGAAGUUGCAGACCUAUAGUAGCUGAAGUGCAAGCACCUCAAGGGGAAUUUCAGAUCUCAUUAAACAUUCACUUUCACUUUUGAUAGAACGCCCGGCCCGUCCUUUGGUUGGCAGUCGACCGCAGGCAGGGAAUUUUCACUGACUCGACAAGGUUUUGCAUGUCUGACAAGCAGCAACUUAAAAUGCACAGGGACAUUCACAGUAGCGCCUGAAAGAAUCUGAUGAGUGCUGAAGGAACUUGUCUCUUUGUCUAAUGUAAUAAUGGGGAAGGAAGAGGAACUUAAUGCCUUUAGCAAAUAUCACUAAAGCUAUGGAAGUGUUCACGCUGCCUUGACAUGUAUUUUUUUUUCAAAGUCUAUGGGUUUAGUUACUUAGAGAGCUAAUGUAUUAACUUACAUUAAUAGUAAUUCUUAAAGUUGCUCUGAUAGGUUAUCUGUGUUGCAUGUUUGUAUUAAUUUGCUACCAGAAGAGCACAUUUACUGAAGAUUUUGUGACAUUCCUUCCUUCUGCCAUUCAUUGUAAAUAGGUUCAACUUUCUCCUUGCUCUGAACGUUCAAUAUUGAAUUUCUUUUAUGCUAUUGACAAUAAAAUAUUAUUGAACUACAA